AUGGAAACAUCAUCUUCAGUCAUAACCCCGGAAGAUGUAUUGGAAUCGCUGAUGAACGACGGCACAAUUGACACCAUGAGAUUGAAAAUCAUUAAUCAGCUGAAAGCCAAUGAAGAGCUGAAGAGUACCACUAUAAAAAUGGUAGAGCAAAGCAAGGUUCUCAACACACCAGGGGCAGAGAAACAAACUAAAAGGGAACUCUUUGAUGCUCUUAGACAAGAACUUGAAACCCCUGUGCUUGAGAAGGCUUCUAAAUCAGUUUGGGAGUUGAUUUUAGACAAUAAUGGACUUGGGAGAGAGAUAAAUGAAACAGUUGAAAAAGUGUUUUGUCGUCUGAGUGGUCGAGAACCUCCAUUGUUUCCUUCAAAUGGUGAAUUGCAAUUAGAAAAAGGAAAAGCUAAAAAGGGAGAACAAGGCAAAGGAAAAGAAAAAGAGAUGAAGUUGCAAAAUAAUCUCUACUUCUUCUUCCAGUCAUCAAAUACAAACACCAAGGGGGGAGCAAAUGUUGAAGGCCUUGCAGGUGGUGGUGGUGGUGUUUUCAGACAAUGGGAAGUUCUUUUCAAGUGUCUGGAAGUCCGAUUAAUACAGUUAGAGUCCAACAUGUCAUGUAUAAUAAUGUUAUGA